AUGAACCCUGAAUCCUUUCACCAGGUGGAUGAUACUCCUGUAGAUUGCAAGCAUGGUAUUUUGUACCCCUUCUUGGUGUCCAGAGGACUACAGGAGUUAGCAAAUGCUCUUACUGCCCUUCCUGAAGAUGGAGGGGGAAUGUAUACUGUGGCAGGGCUCCCUAUGGGCUCUGAAUAUACUACAAUCAGUAAGAUACCCGAGGCAUUACAGGAAUCUGACCGCAUUGAAUUCGGGACCCCAGGACCGGACAACAGUGGUCGAGUUCGAUCGCUAUACUCCUUCGCAUGUUCCGGCCAUGUUUACAAGACUGUAGACGAUGUUCCCGGAUCUGAUGGUUCCCAACACACAGCCGUGCACGUCUGGGCUGGAGUCUUACAAUAUAUUCCGUCACUUGCACAUGUGGGAGAAGGUGAACAUCAUUCUUGGGAGGCAACCAUUGCCAUCACAGAGGCGCCUCUGAGCAAGAACGUCAUAUGGAGUUUCUUUGCCAAAGAUAGUUCAAGCGGGUUGAACUAUGUGGCAACUCUCACAAAACGGGGGUCGGUCUACUGUCGACAAACGAACCUGCACACAAACACCUUAUCAAGCUUGAAGAAAGGAGGAACUGCAAUGCCUAAUGCAGCUGGCCAAGUCAGCACAUGUGUUGUUGUUCUGGCAGUUACUUCAAAUACCCUGAGCUCAAUGGGCAUACAAUUUAAGACGGGCAGUGGUUGUGAGCUUAGUGAGAUCUUUACCAGAGUUGACAAUGUUGUGACAGAGCCGGCUACCACAUCCGUUGAGGCUCGAACCCCGAUGUGA